AUGUCAUCACUUCUCUAUGUCUUCCUCCUCUUCGCCGCCUUCAUCAGCCACAAUGGGGCCGCCGUCGAACCAGUAAAGGACAUCUACGGCAAACCUCUCCUAGUAGGAAUCAGCUACUUCGUCUUGCCUGUAGUCCGUGGCGGCGGCGUACUAACCGUCAUCGAAUCCGAGAACACAACAUGCCCGACAACCGUAGUCCAAGACCAAUCAAAAUUCGCUCAAGGCAUGCCGUUGGAAUUCUUACCAUCAGUAAAGUCAAGAACCAUCCCUGUCUCAACUGAUCUCAACUUCCAGUUCACUACAUAUACGAUCUGGGAGUUAGACAAUUUCGACGAGACGACGAAUCAGUGGUUCGUUUCAACUUGCGGCGAGAUAGGGAAUCCAGGUCGGGAAACGGUUGAUAACUGGUUCAAGAUCGACAAAUUCGAAGGUAACUACAAGAUCCGGUUUUGUCCUAGCGUUUGCAAUUUCUGCAAAGUGAUGUGCAGAGACAUUGGCGUGUUUGUGAAAGAUGGAAAGAGAAGACUUGCUUUGAGUGAUGUUCCAUUGAUAGUCAAGUUCAAAAAAGCAUAA